AUGUGCCAGCUGAACGUUCUAGACUACGGUAAGAUCCCCGGAGGUUGCGGCCAUCUUUGGAUCCAGGGUGUCGACCAAUGCCCCACGGCUGCUAAUGAUUGCUCGAUGAUCCUAUGCAAAGAACUGAUCCACAAAGCUAUUGUUCCACACACGCCUCUUUUCUUCAGAAUUCGGAAUUGGUUCAAGUCUGGCCAUAACAAUGUGGCCGGACUUUGCCCUUCUUGUGUUAAGGGGAUGACGGUUCCUGUGUCCAUUGGUGCUAGUCAUGUUUAG